AUGCGAGUGCAGUUGCUGCUCUGCAUCUCAAACAACGUGUGCACCGUGAUCGGCUCCACGGUCAUCGGUUUCGCUGGGCAGGUCCAGGCUGUGCCGGACCGCUGUGGCUACACUCUGUUCAGGUCCACAUCCGUCCCCGGCUUCCAGGUGGUGGGCGUCUUCCAGGAGAGACGCCGGAAAGACGUCAGCUUCUUGAAACGUGUGAUCCUGCAGCUGGACGCAGGGGGAGUUCAAAUCUCUCUGGAACAAGGGAGUCGAGCUCUGCUUGACACCAGAGAGCUCAGACUCAACACCACAGCGAUGGUGGUCAAUGGGUGGGAGCUCACCAAGGACCAGACUGGAGUGACGGCUAAGAUGUCAGCCUCCAACUUCACAGUUUCUGUCCACUUCGAUGGCUCCAUCACUCACAUCCACUUGACAGGGCCAAAUGGACACGACGCUCACGGGUUCUGUGGAAACUCCAGUCGGACUGUGAAGGAUGAGAAGGUCUCCUCACACAGUGACACCGGCUGUGACAAGCAGUAUAACGAGGCUGCGGACCCGACUAUCAACUGCAAAGCCUCAACUGACUGGUGUAACCUCCUGAAGCAGGCUCCCUUUACUGCUUGCAACAUGGAACACGACCCAGAACCCUUCAUUACUGCCUGCACACAAGCGCUGUGUAAAUACCCUGAAGGGGAUGGUCUCAAGUGCCACUUCCUGGAGGCGUACGCCAGAGCCUGCAGCCUCUCCAACAUCACAGUGGAGGAAUGGAAGUCAGAGACCCGAUGCUCUGCUUUCUAUCAGGGCUUCUGUCAGGACACGUUCUGCAGUGAUCACGAGUUCUGUGGGCAGAAGAACAACGGGGGAACCGGCUGCGUCUGCCGGGCCAUGUUCGCCUCCAAGUACAACUCAACCGGCACCUUUGGAGAGCCAAUGGUCUGCGAGCAGAACGCUGCUAAGCUGACUAUGGCUAAAUGUCUCUUGGAGGACAAAGGCAUCGACUUCUCUGUCUUACAUCUCAAUGACGAGGCCUGCAAAGGUGAAAUGGACAAUGAGACCCACAUGGUGACCUUCGGCUUUGACAGGACCAAAGCCUGUGGAGCAGUGAUCCUGGCAAACAACAGCCAGAUCCUCUACAAGAACACCAUCGUGAACCGGAACAGCUCCAUGUACGGCAUUAUCAACCGUCAGGACUCGGUUCAUCUGGACUUCUCAUGUCUGUACGAUCAGCCGGACAUCAGGACCUUUACCUUCACACUCAAAGACAGCUCCGUCACCCAGCAGAUCACUUCUGGACGAUGGAUUUACAAUCUCACCAUGAAGGCCUACAAGGACCCUAGCUUCAAGGAAGCCUUAGAACUACGUACUGAAAUGCAACUGGACGAGAAUCUGUGGGUGGAGCUGAGCGCGGAUGGGCUGGAUGACAAAAUGGUUGCAGUGGUGACGGACUCCUGCUGGGCGACCGACCAGCCCAGCCCGAACGGAAGCCUGAGAUAUGACCUCAUCAUCAAAGGCUGCCCUAACCCCGCUGACUCCACGGUGAAGGUGAAGAACAACGGACAGGGAACAUCCAACAGUUUCUCCUUCAACACGUUCCAGUUCUCUGGACAGGAUGGUGAGGUCUUCUUGCACUGCAGAGUGACGCUGUGUGUCAAGAAGGGUAACAACUGCAUCCAGAGAUGUGGCCUGGGUCAGAGAAGACGCAGGUCCAUCAUGUCAAAGGAUGAGGAUGAAAACCCUGCCUUCAUCAAACUGGCCUGGACUUAUUGAGUUUCCAUGGAGGCUCUGAACGACCGACGCUCAGGAAGAGUCGUUGAUCUUUCUACAGAUCUAUAAUGGCACAUGAAAUAUUCAUACAUAAUUAUACAUGAAGCAACCAGACGUCAAUGCUGAUCCUCUCUAAGCUUUGAAUACGUUGGGUCUUGAUUCCGGGGUUUCUGGGUUGUUUUUCCUGUCGGGGUGUAAAUGAUUUUCUGCAGCAGAGGUAUGGAAUAUAUCCUCAGCUGAAUGUGUGGGCGGGGCUUCCUUAGGGCUCUACAGACUAAACAGACUAUGAAGAGUGGGCUAUAAGGUUUUAUAGAGAUGCAAGUGGUGACAGCGCCACCAUGUGGGUCAGAGUUAGGGUCGAUCCUCCUGUAGAGCUUUGGUAUGAUUUUGAAA